GUUGCCAUCUCAGAACGAAAACUUUCCUCCCCACUUUCCCAGCUUUUCUCGGAAUCCAAACAGCGACCCAUCAUUUUGAUCUCACUGUUCUUUCGAUAGAAGAAUCAACAAAUCCCCAAAUGGGUCGAUCUUGGGGUUCUCUCUUUUGGUUAAUCACAUCUAUAACAAUCUCUUGCAUCGCAUCAUCACUGCAAGAUUCCUGUCGCGAGGAAAAUCGGAGAUCCCUGAAUCUUUUUCGGGCGGACCGAUCGCCAGAUUCCGACCAGCCUUACCGAACUCGUUUCCACUUCCAGCCUCCAGAAAAUUGGCUUAAUGACCCCAAUGGGCCGAUGUACUACAAAGGGGUUUACCAUCUGUUUUACCAGUACAAUCCCUCCGGUCCCUUGUUCGGCGACGUUAUGAUAUGGGCACACUCGGUUUCGUACGAUCUGAUCAACUGGAUCCAGCUCGAGCACGCCCUUUAUCCCUCGGAUUCGUUUGACAUCAACAGCUGCUGGUCGGGAUCUGCCACGAUCCUCCCGGGAGGCAAACCGGUAAUUAUGUAUACCGGUAUUGACUCCGGAAACCAUCAGGUCACGAAUAUCGCAGAACCAAAGAACAUUUCCGAUCCUUUGCUCAGGGAAUGGGUGAAGUUUGAGGGCAAUCCGGUUAUGGUUCCUCCUGUUAACGUCAGGGUUGAUGGGUUUCGUGACCCUACAACAGCAUGGCAGGGUCAAGACGGGAGAUGGAGAGUCAUCGUUGGAGCCGAGGCCGUCAAUAGUACCAAAGGGAUGGCAUUGUUGUAUCGUAGCGACGAUUUUAUCCGCUGGACGAAGUUUCCGGACCCUCUUUUCGAGUCUGAGGUUACCGGAAUGUGGGAAUGUCCUGAUUUCUAUCCGGUUUCCGUCAACGGGACAAACGGAGUCGACACUUCAGUGAACAACGCGCACGUCAAGCAUGUGUUGAAGGCGGGAUACGGAGAACACGACUUCUACGUCAUCGGUACAUAUUUCCCGGAGACUGAGAAGUUUGUUACGGAUUCCGAUUUCACGAAUACGGUCUCAGAUCUGAGAUACGAUCACGGGAAAUUUUACGCGUCAAAGACGUUUUUCGACAGUGCUAAGAACCGGAGGAUCCUGUGGGGUUGGGUGAAUGAGUCGGACAGUAAAGAAGAUGAUCUUCACAAAGGAUGGUCCGGUCUUCAGUCCGUGCCGAGAAAGAUUUGGCUGGAUCAAACCGGGAAGAGACUUGUGCAGUGGCCAGUCGAUGAACUCGUGAAUCUCCGGGGAAACCGAGUCGCCGUCCAUGGUGAGAAACUCGAGGGCGGCUCGGUCCUUGAAAUUCCCGGCAUCACUGCUUCACAAGCCGACGUGGAAGUAGUUUUCGAGCUACCCGAUCUCGGAGAUGCUGCAGAAUACCUAGAAGAAAACCAAGUGGAUCCCCAAGAACUAUGCGACCGUUACAGGGCCUCGAGCAAAGGCAUUUUCGGGCCGUUCGGAGUGUUGGCGCUGGCGAGCGACGACUUAUCGGAACGGACAGCAAUCUUCUUCCGAGUCUUCCGCCGUGCGGAUGGAUAUUCGACCUUGAUGUGCAGCGAUCAUAGCAGGUCAUCAUUGAGGCACCAUCUCGACAAAGCCACGUUCGGAACGUUUCUUGACAUUGAUCCGAGAUACGAAAACAUCUCUUUACGAUGCUUGAUCGAUCGCUCGGUGAUAGAAAGCUACGGAGGAGGGGGGAGGAGUGUGAUAACAAGUAGGGUUUAUCCGAAACUGGCGAUUGGGGAAGAAGCUCAUCUUUAUGUGUUCAACAAUGGAACUAAGAGUGUCGUUCCAUCUUCUUUGGAAGCCUGGAGCGUGCAAAAUGCCCAAAUCAAUUCCAUUGAAUUUGUUGCAGAAUUUUUAAAUAUGUAACCAAAUCAGACCAUCAUUCAUCAUCCAUUAUAUAUGAAUCAAUGAUAAAGUGUGUGU